CCGUGAGCAUAAUUUAAGGCACGAAUAAAUAACAGCGUUAUACAUUUUAUAUUGGUUGUUUAAAGCAGAUAAGGUUUGCAAUCUAGCUGUAAAAGGCAUCUGUCAAUAUGGAUACUGUUUCAGUCCAUGGUGAGCGUGAUGAUACUGAAAUGCCUAUUCCGACGACGAUGGGGGCACCAGCUCAGAGUGACAUCCCAAAGCUGUCUUUGUGUCCACCGGACAACGAGGAUGCAGAGUGCCUAAUGAAUCAGGUGAUGAUAGAGUGUGACCAGAUAAACAAUCUGUCCAAACCACCCUCUUCUUCUCAACUGUAUGACCAAAUGUCACAGAGUUGUGCCUACCAGUCACCUCAUCUCAAGAAGUGCCCAUGCUGUGGCCACCACCAGCCAAUCACAGGCAAUGUCUGUCUGAAUCAAACGAAUGCGCCUUCUCACUCAGCCUGCUCAGCAAAUGCCAUCAAGUCAGCUCCCAGGACUCAAAGGCUCCACAGGAUUCCGAAAAGCUACUCCCAGGUCAUAGUGGAAUACCCGAUGACUGUGCUUAUCUCAUGUGCAGUAGUGCUUCUCACCUUUUCCAUGGCUGGGAUUUUGAUUGGUCCCCUGCCAGAGUUUUCUGAUCCUCUGUUAGGCUUUGAGCCCCGUGGAACAGACCUUGGUAUUCGACUGGCUGCAUGGACAAAGCUGCAGGAAAGCACUGAGCCUGGGAAAGCCUCGUCACUCACUCCCCAGCAGUUUGCAGACCAGAGUAUAGUACGGGAGAUCUCUAGUAGAGCUCCGCAUCAUCUAAAACAUCGUUCGAGAAGAAUGCUGCAAAUAGACUCAGCUGAGAAUGCAUUUUUUUGUAAUGCGCCAGGAGAUCGUUAUGCCCAGCUGGUCUUUCGCUCUGGAAACUCCGCUAGUCUCUGGAGCCUCAAGGCAAUCUACUCCAUGUGUGAGAUGGAACAGACCCAGAUACGCUCAGAUGUGCACUUUGAAAAACUCUGUCAGCUUAAGUCAGAUGUUGCUGGUUCCAAAAUUCCAAAGGCGGAAUGCUGUCCAAGCUGGUCUCUUGGAAACUUCCUUGCUCUCCUUAAUAAUGUCUCCUCCUGCUUCAGUCUUACAGCACAGCAGGUGUCAGAGAGUUUAAGCUUACUUCGAUCAUGCGCACCUUACUACCAUGAUGGAAGGCUGGUUGCAUCAUGCACAGAGACAGGCAAAUUUGGGUACUGCACCUCUGUCCCACCCUCCUGCAAGCGGUCCAGCAUCAUCUUUCAGAUACUACAUUACUUGGUGGAUAAGGAUUUCCUUGGGCCGCAGACUGUUGAAUACCAAGUUCCAUCUUUAAAAUACAGUGUUCUGUUUCUACCAGUGGUGAAAGGAAAUGCAUUAAUGGAGAUUUAUUUAGAACAUCUUGAGGGCUAUGAGCUCACAUAUAACACCACCACCAUAACAGGGAUGGAUCUGGGGAUUAAGCAAACGCUUUUCAAGUAUUACCUCUCACGAGAUUCUGUCUAUCCAAUUCUAACAGUACUUGCACUGCUACUUACAAUAGCCUUAUAUCUUAAAUCACUUGUUUUGUCAGCUAUGUCACUGGUUGCAGUUACAUUAUCACUUUUCACAUCCUAUUUCUUCUACAAAGUUGCAUUUGGCCUAAAGUUCUUCCCACUCCUCAAUCUCACAGCAGCUCUUAUCCUGCUGGGAAGUUGUUCAAAUCAAGCCUUCACAUUUAUUGAUUUCUGGAAGUUGCAGCUGAGCCAUAAUCCCCCAGCUGCACUAGAAAAGAGAAUGCACCGUGUCUUACAGGAAAUGGGCUACUUGAUAUUGGUGGCAGGAUUGACAUCUAGUGUAACAUUCUACUCCGGCUACAUAUGCAGUAUUACAGUGGUGAGGUGUUUUGCUGUGUACCUUGGUAGUGCGUCUUUAAUUAACACACUAUUUGCUCUUGUUUGGCUCCCCUGUACCAUUGUUUUGCAAGAGCGCUAUGCCAUAGCAGCUUCAACCUCUGCUACUAAGUCACCAUGGAAGACAUGUUGCUCAAAAGGUUCUGGUGGCUUUUGGGAUACGAGUUCAAGGAAACGCUGCCUUUUUACCAUGGGACAAAAAUUUCGGGGUUUAAAACGAGGCCUCUCAGACACAUCUAAUUUACUUUUCUUAAAAAUCCUGCCAUGUGGUGUGGUUAAGUUUCGGUACAUAUGGAUCUGCUGGUUUGCGGUACUGGCAGCAGGGGGGAUUUACAUUUCAUGUGUGGACCCUGGCAUGAAACUGCCGUCCUCAGAAAGCAGGGCGACUCAACUGUUCCGUUCCAGUCACCCCUUUGAGAGAUAUGAUGCAGAAUACCGCCACCAGUUCAUGUUUGAGCGCAUGAAACAAGGAGAAGAUGAGCCCAUGAGUCUGACUCUCAUUUGGGGUGUUAUCCCAACCGAUGAAGGUGACCAUUUCAAUCCAAAACGCAAUGGCUCCUUUGCCAUGGAUCCAGAAUUCAACAUGAGUAGUUCUGAAGCCCAGGUGUGGUUGCGAGAUCUUUGUGGAAAAAUAAAAAACCAGAGUUUUUACUCACCACCACCAGCUGAAAAUGAAGCAGUGGAAGACAAUGCCUGUUUUGUGGAAGACUUGAUUGAGUGGGUGUCCAUUCGACGCUGCUCUGAAAGCGAGGACGCUUUCAGCUUUUGCUGCAAUGGUAUUCCAUUCCCCUAUCCGCCCAAUGUUUUUGAACAGUGCCUCAGAAUGAGGGUGGCAGAACAGCAGGCAGAGAAGCAUUUGCCAAGGACUGGAGGCCUUUGGUUUGAUUCAAAGAGUCAAAUUGCUGCCCUUGUUAUAGUAUUCAAGACCUCACAGCUUUACAGCUUUAACUUCAGCAUAACUUCACAAUUCUAUAAACAAAUUUUGUCUUGGUUUAAUAAAGAGAUUUCUGGGGCUCCACUGGGACUCCAAAAAGGAUGGUUUGUCAGCCAGUUGUCAUUGUAUGACCUCCAGCUAUGUCUAAGCUCAGAAACAUUACAGGUGGCAGGCUUUUCUGUAGGUCUUACAUUUGCAUUGCUCCUGCUUACCACAUGGAAUAUACCAUUAAGCAUGUAUGUGACUGUUGCUGUGGGGGGGAGUGUUUUUGCUACUGUUGGUCUCCUUGUGCUUUUAGAAUGGCAGUUAAAUAGUGUGGAAGCACUGUUCAUUUCAGCUGCUGCAGGGCUCUCUGUUGACUUUGCUGCCAAUUACUGCAUUUCUUACUGUCUGGCCCCUCACAAUGACAGGCUGGGCCGGGUAGCACAUUCCCUGAAGAGAAUGGGUUGUCCGGUAGCCACAGGUGCAGGAGCAUAUUUUUGUGUGGGGAUCAUAAUGCUACCGGCAACUGCACUGCUGAUCAGGAAGCUAGGAAUUUUCCUGCUCCUUGUGAAGUGCGUAGCAUGUGGAUUUGCUACGUUUUUCUUUCAGUCACUCUGCUGUUUCUUUGGCCCUCAGAAGAACUGUGGGAAAAUAAUUAUACCAUGUGCAACAGAGAGUGCCACAGAAAAUACGCAAUCUUCAUGUUCAGCUGCUGAACCAGGAAGCACCAACCCAUCAGCUAAUGGCACGUUUGGCUGUAGCACAGGGUCACGAGGCAGAAGGAGCUUCAACAAAGAAGGUGGAGGAUUCCUGUGCCCUAAUCAGCAGCGUAACCGGCAGCACCAAGCAUCGGUUGACAAGGAACCAGAGCAGUAUGAGCUACAACCCCUAGCCUGCCAUCUGAGUGACAGCUUUGAAAAUAGCACAUGCACCAGCAAGCUGUCCAACAGACCUUCAGUCCUUUCAGAUGACAUCCAGUUCUGUGGCCUCAGCCCGAAGCAAGAUUAUGACAGAAUCAGUGUUGAAGUGGACAAUGAGGAUUUGUGUAGUGAGCACCUGAAUAGUCAUGACCCUCCUCCAGCCCUCCAAACCUCUUCCCCUUACAAAAGGCAUGCUCUACAACCUGUGGUGGGUCCUGUGGUUGACCGUGUGAAGGAGAGGCUUUUGUGCAAGAAAUGUCGCAACCAGUCUGGAACAAGAAUUAAACUGUGGAAUGUGUCUUUGUCAUCCUCCUCCAGCAUGGAAGACAUCACAGCCCCCAAGAACAUGGACAAUGUCAAGAAACGAUCACUCUCCAUGGAUGUUACCACUGGAUGUCAUCCUCAUAAACGUCUUUUGUCAUGUCCAUCACAGAGUUCCAUUGAAGGCCUGGAAGAUUCCAAUGAGACCUGUUUGAGUGACAUUGAGCCCACUGUUUCAGUGCCUCUCUCCAUAGCACCCAAAAGAGAGCCUCAACCAGGCCACCUUAAUGGAAAAAGAGAUACUUUGCGUCUAUCCCUGAGAGAAACUGUUUAUGACCUCGCUUCCCCUUUGUCUGGCAGGGGGCGGACAAGCCAAAAUGAACUGCCUGUGAUAUUACCAAACAGUAAACCAGAUAUGCCAGACGUUUGGAUCAAGAGGGAUGGCAGAGGUGAGGAUGGCAGUUGAUUAAUGUGUCCAUAAGACCAUAAGAUGUCCAUACUUUUCAGUGACUGUCCAUAACGUGGCCUCAGCAUGACUUCAAAUGCUGCGGUGAACUUGUACAAAGCAGCUAACAAAUGAUAAGAGUAUAAUUCAUGAACAUGUCAGUAAAUGCCUGCCAGACACAAGAGGUCUGUGCACUGCAUCAUAUAGGCCACACAUUUUGUGGAACCCUUCAAAAUCAAGUGCACACUGCCACCAUCAGUGAUUUUGACAGAUAUUACUUUAAUUUUUAAACUGAUGUCACUGCAUGUCGUAUAUUCUGCAAACUUAAAAAGCACUACAACAGAGGUGACAGGAUGUCUAUCAAGGCCUUAGGUUUGCAUUUUAUAACAUAAAACUUGUAUCAAAUCUCAAAGGAUUGUUACUUGAACCUGUAAACCAACAAGAUGAGCAGUUUCUCAGUCUUGUAGUCCUAAAAAAAGCACUUCUGAUAGCAUUUGUGAUUUUGUUCAGAGCCACAUUUAAGUUAAAUACCAACCAAUGCCCUGAUAAAUUUUAUAUUCCAAGCCUUUGAUCUAAACCAUAUAAAUAUUAUAUAUUGUUUUGUACAUUUGUCAUUUAGAAGACUUAGAUAUGAUUAUUUUAUUUACUAGACUUUUUUUUAUUUACUAGGGGGAUUACUGCCCAUGCACUGUGGUUCAUAUUUAGAUUUAUUAUUAAUAAAAGAUUUAUCACGUUAACAUAUUCAAUUGUUAUUUAAGCCUAAACUGAGUGUUGAAUAGUCAGAAUAUUCUGACAGAUGGUCCAAAUAUGAAUAAAGCCAUAAAACAUUUUAUAUAAGGCAGAUUUUAAAUUUACCAAAAAAGGCAAAAACAAAUGUCAUCUAAUACGUUACUUGUGCAGUUACAAACGGAUACAUUUAUUUCUAAAUAAAUCUACCAGAGCCAGUCAACCAAGGUCUGACAUAGGCAUGUGCCAAAUCUGUGCAAUACUUUUUUUUCUGCUCCACACAUUAAAGUGCAAGUCUUGUCUUUAUAAAUCUGUAUUUGUUCAUGUUUGAUCACAAGAGUUCAAAAGAUAGUUUGUAACAGGUUUUGUCUUGCAAAGUGUAGUGCUGUGUCAUAUGCAAAUUAGUAAUGUCAUAAAUAGAUUUGACAUUUAUCAACAAUAAAGACUGAGCUGUAAAAAACAAAGCCAUUUAAUUAAAAUAAAAAGGAAAUCACUUUUAAAGUGUGUUGAUUUGCCUUAGUACUGGAACCCACGGUGCUGAUCACUAUAUUAAGAACUCACACACUGAACAGCAGUCCUAGUGGUUUAAACAUUGGCAUUGUUUAAGAGAAGGUCCUCUGUAGUGAGCUCAUUACAUUACAAUAAGGUAAAUGUUUUUGUGAAAUAAUGGCUGAUUUCUGACAUCCACAAUGCUGUUAAAUCUUUCUAAUGUACAAAAAGCCAAAUGUAGAAAAAUUAUUUGUGCCAAACAGAGUACUGACCAUGUUUUUGUGAAACAUGUUAUGUCGAUGCUAUGUAAUGUCAGAUUGAAAGUGUAUGAGAAUGAUCUAUGGUGAAAAUAUGAUGGAGAACUUUAAUAAAGAAAUAUUUUAUAUAA